AUGUGCACCAUCUGCUGGCCACCCACUACGUUGACUUCGACACAUUGCUCGCCCUCAGACAAACAUGUCGAACUCUGCAUGAUAUUCUCACGCCGCGGCUCGUCCACCGAGUACGGUCAAACUUCGUCAAAGACAGUCUGA